AUGUGCAGCUGGGGCCUCGGAGCACAAGUCUCCUGCGAGGCGGACAGCGAGGUCAGAGUGGCCGCUGCUGCCUCUCCAGUCCGGGUCUGGCGGCAGGGAGACGGUUCCCCAGGAUCUGAGGAGGGGAUGGCUGAACAAGAAGCCAGUGGGCUGCAGGUCCUGCUGCACACCCUUCAGAGCUCGUCUGAUGGAGAGUCCAUCCGGACCAUCCUACGAGUCCUUGGUGAUCUGCUUUCUGUCGAUAAACACUUUGGAAAGAAAGCACUGGAAUUGGAAGCACUCGAUGUGACCUUGAUGAUGGCCAGGAAAAAUCUAUCCCACAGCCAGAACCUGCUCCACUGUCUCUGGGCUCUGCGUGUGUUUGCCUCCAGCGUCACCACAGGAGCCAUGCUGGGGAUUAACGGAGCGAUGGAACUGCUUUUCAAGGUCAUCUCUCCUUAUACCCGAAAGCGCACUAGAAUAAUCAGGGCAGCCGCUGAAGUUCUGGCAGCACUGUUGAAAUCCAAGUCCAACGGCCGCAGGGCAGUAAACAGAGGCUACGUUGCCAGCUUACUGAGGCUGCAUCAGGACUGGCACAGCCACGACACAGGUAACAUCUAUGUGCAGAUCCGCCAGGCACUUCUGCUUUGCCUCAAGCACAUUGCCAACCUCCAGUCUGGCAGAGAGGCCUUCCUGGCAGCCCAGGGCAUGGAGAUCCUCUUCAGCACCGCACAGACCUGCUUGGAUCAGAAAAGAAUGGAGCCCAUCAUCUCCACGGCGCUCCAGAUCUUGAGGCAGUGCUGCCCUAAAAGCUCUCUUCCCUUACCUACCAUCAGUAGUGCUUAUGCCUUUCCUGUUCUUGGAAGUACCAGCUCUGAGCUCCCACCUGUUCUAACUGAAGAGGAUUUCGAAGAUGAUGGCGAUGAAGAGGUAGACAAAGACUCUGAUUCUGAAGACGGGAAAGAGGAAGAUGAUGACUUGGAAACAGAUGUGCAUAAGCUGAGCUCUAAACCUGGCCUUGACCGACCUAAAGAAGAGCUGGAACAAUAUGCUGUGAUGUGUUGUGAGCUCUCCUAUAGGUUUGAGGAACUGGAGUCCAAGUGUGAAGAUGAUUUGGAUUUUGAAGCCGCUCGGUGUGCCAAUAACUGCCACAUUCCAACGGCCCCCUCCCCAAAGCAGCAUUGCUUGAGUCAGGCUCAAAGCCAAAGGAUGCACGAGAGAGAAGACACAGUCCAGACUUCCCUUCUGAGCACGGUGAAGAUGGAAAGGUCCACUGCGCAGCUGGGCUUCAAGAAAAAUCCUAUAACGCAAACUUGCCAAAAUGUGCCAUCCAAUGAUCUUGGGACAGAUUCUAUUGCAAAUGAAAUCCCUGACCUUCCGUCUUCCCUGAAAGAAGGUGCUUGGACCAUAGAUGACAUUUCCUGCCCGGGAAUAAGUACUUCUCUUUCCAACUCCACUCUGCCUAGAGAAAAUACAGAAAUAAUAGAUACGCUUCUGCAGACACAUCCCAAGGAUAUCCCCUUCCACGAUCCCCAUCUUUAUAUGAACAAAGCCAGAAAAACAAGAUCUGUGGCAGACUUCCAGAUGGUGGCAUUUCCUGAUCUGUGGGGACACAGUUCACCUCCUGCUACCCAAUCCAUGUUGGAACGCAAAUGGGGAGUUCAAAGGAUCAAGAUAUUCGAGGACAUCCAGAGGCUCAUCCAGCCAAGUGAUGUCAUCAAUAAAGUCGUCUUCAGUUUAGAUGCACCUGGAUCUUUGCAGGACAUUAGCACUUCUUGUUGCUUAAGGUUCUCCUCCCAAUUCGAGUCUGGAAAUCUUCGCAAAGCCAUCCAAGUGCGGGAGUUUGAGUAUGACUUGCUGCUUAAUGCGGAUGUGAACAGCACCCAGCAUCAGCAGUGGUUUUACUUCAAAGUGGGUGGCAUGAGAGCUGGUGUCCCUUAUCGCUUCAACGUCAUCAACUGUGAGAAGCCCAAUAGCCAGUUUAACUAUGGAAAGCCUGCACAGCUGUCCCAGCAGCAACAGGCAAGGCGAGAGUGUAACUGGCAGGGUGUGGGGAAAGUAUUGCUCGGAAUAAAUCAUUACCGCUUGAGUGCAGCUGCCGCAGGAGGAACUUCUGGGAGGUGUUAUUAUACCCUCACCUUUUCAAUCACCUUCCCGCACAACGAAGAUGUCUGCUACCUGGCCUACCACUAUCCUUACACCUAUACAGCCCUCAUGACUCACCUUGACAUACUGGAGAAAAGUGUCAACCCCAAGCAUGUCUACUUCCAGCAAGAGGUCCUCUGCCAGACUGUGGGAGGGAACCCCUGUCCCUUGGUGACCAUCACAGCUAUGCCUGAGUCAAACAGCACUGACCAUCUACAGAAGUUCCGGCAACGUCCAUACCAAGUGAUCACUGCCCGAGUUCACCCAGGGGAGAGUAAUUCCAGUUGGGUGAUGAAGGGGACCUUAGAGUUCCUGGUCAGCAGUGACCCUGUGGCUAGACUCCUGAGGGAAAACUUCAUUUUCAAGAUCAUCCCCAUGCUGAACCCGGAUGGUGUCAUCAACGGCAACCACAGAUGCUCCCUAAAAGGGGAGGAUUUGAAUAGGCAAUGGCUCUCUCCCAGUGCUCAUUGCCAGCCCACAAUUUACCACGCCAAGGGGCUCCUCUACUACCUGCGCAGCAUAGGCCGAAGUCCUGUGGUCUUCUGUGAUUUCCAUGGCCAUUCUCAAAAGAAGAACGUGUUUCUUUACGGUUGUAGCAUCAAAGAGACCUUAUGGCAAACGGAGUGCCCUGUGAGCACAAUGACUGUCUCGGAGGAUGUCAGCUACAGGACUCUCCCCAAACUCCUUGAUAAACUAGCACCAGCGUUUACAAUGGGCAGCUGCAGUUUCCUUGUGGAAAAAUCCAGAGCCUCCACAGCCAGGAUUGUGGUGUGGCGAGAGAUGGGAGUGUCCAAAAGCUAUACCAUGGAGAGCAGUUAUUGCGGCUGUAACCAAGGGCCUUAUCAGGGUCUGCAGUUUGGCACCAAAGAACUGGAGGAGAUGGGAGCCAUGUUCUGCCUGGGACUCCUCAUCUUGGAACUCAAAUCGGUCAACUGCAGUCAUCAGCUUCUUGGUGCUGCAACUCUUCUGAAGGCAGUGGAAGAGGCCCUGGACUACCACCUGCAGAGAUGCAGCAGCAGCAGCAGCAGCAUUGCCGCAGACCUGGAGGAUGAACCGCCUUGCUUGGAGGAGAUUGAUUACCAAACAGACAGUCGCUUAGGACAGGAAGACAGCCUCGUGGAGCUGGACCGGCAGAUCCAGGAAUGUACCUUCAACGAGGAGGAGGAGGAGGAAGAUGAGGGAACAGGAUAGGGCGGAAAAUAA